UAAAUAUUUGCUCCGAGACACGAUUCUUUCCAUUCGAUGUUACGAUUUACUCAACAGAUGGCGCUAGGGUUAUUUUCCUCAUAAAUGCUACGUUCAUUCCUACCCCCCACACCCAAUCUAAACCAGCAGAACAUGUACAGAUGCUAGAUAAAAUGGCUGCAGCUGUCAAAAAACUUUCUUUCCGAAGUGGAAGUGCCAAUGCGCUUGAAUACGCUAUUUUUAUGUAGUGACGCUUUCUGAAGUGAUAUAAAAAUUCAACAUCCGUAACGUUAGUGAAUUAUCAAGCACCACAAUCGUUUUACAAUCUUGACCUACUGUGAAAGGGUCGCAGGCCAUUCACGGUUGGGCGCCGUCUUUUACCAAUCGUCUGUCCCGGCCUUACGAACGGAUGCAUCUGUGAAGCCAGCAGUCUGCUAACGCGUCCGCUGUAUCAUUCGACGACCUGAAACAUUAUUUAUUUGCCAGAAUUAUUCGAUUCACCAUAUGAGAGGAAAAUUACCGCAUUAGCAACAAGCACUGGCAGUCGGACAAGUGUUCCCUAUCGGCUGCAAAGACUCGCGUCAAUUUUGCUGACCGGUCGUGUUUUCAGCUCCCACGCAUGCCUUGGUGGCAUCCGGCAACUGGUAUGAAGAUGCACAGAAUAAAAUAGACAUUUUACCCGGUCCGGUUUAUGAAAAUGUGAUGUAUUGUUUGGUGGCUUGUAUUUCGGUCUGUUUUAGCAGAUAGAACCGCGUAUGCGUACGAGUGAUGGAGCUGCCAGCUAAGAAAGUAGUUGAAUACGUGUUACGUGAAAGGAUUCAAAGAAAGUACCAUUGAUAAAGGACAGACACCACUGGAAAUGUGCAUAAUUGUGUGUUUAGUGCGGUGCUAUCAAUUAUGUUAAGUUAUCAAGCAUCAUCGAUUGGAAUACCUUACAAUAAAGAAUAAUCAUCAUUCAACCGAUUACCAAUCAAACAGUUUCGAACAUUGCCUUACCGCACACCGGGCAUAUAGUGAGCGGGCCUAAAAUGUGUCGGCACUGGGGCGAGCGAGGAUAAGAUGUCUGCACCGAUCAAACGUAAAAUAACACUAGAACUCGCGAGCAAGAAGUCCACCUUGAUCAAGGAUCGUCCCAGCGUGUUCCAGCGUCUUGGCACGAAAAAAAUCGGUCGUGCCGGAGGAUCGGCAACGCAACAGCAAUAUCACGCACAGGAAGCCGGUGAAAGCAAGGAAGAAAUCGUGAAACGUAUCGUAUCAGCAUCAGAAGAACCGGUUCCGGCGACAGCAACGGUCACCGUUCCAGAAAGUGUAGCGGCACACGCCCGGCUCAUACAGGCACAGCUGGCAGCGAAAGCACAGCUGAAAGCGACCAAAACGAUCGCAAACGUACAGCAGCAGACAGGAGCACCCGCGCAUAGUGCAGCACUUGCAACCACCGUGGAUAAGGAAGAGUUAGAAGAGGGCGCGUUGAAGCAGUACUACCAUCACGAAACGCUUCAUCAUCACCAUCAUCAUCACCAUUACCAAAAGUAUCAGCAGCCGGAACAGAAGCAGGAGCGACAUCGGGAGGUGCCCGAAAUAAGGCAGCGGCAACGGACGCCGCACAGCACCGACCGAAGGGUGCACAGUCUGAGUAGCGAUCGUAGCAGCACGGCUGCUGGUGCCAGCGGCUGGGAUCAAUCGUCACUUGAGAAUGCCGAUCAGGCCAUUCUAGAGCGCAAGCGUAAGGAACUACAGCACGAGUUAAAGCUAGAAAUGGACGCGAGCUCCAGCAAAAAGAAGGACAGCCGCAGUGAACUGACCAAAAAGAUGAAGAAGCUGGUCGCUAGUUCACACCGCUCACAGCAAAAGCUGUCGCAGCAGCAGCACUUGCACCAUCAACAUUCGUUACAGCAGCAGAGCCAACACGGUCACGGACAUGGCGGCCACGGGGGUCAUGGACAUCAGCAGCUAGCGCAGCAGCACACCUCCUCUAGCACGUCGGAAAGCUCCAACAGCAGCAGCGGCUCGGAAACGACCGAAUCGGACUCGUCGAGCUCGUCCAGCUCGUCGUCGCACAACUCGAACCAUCACAGGAUGAAGAAGCGUCACGCCGUUGUGGCGCGUGUCCGUCGAAACGAUUCCAGUUCCAGCUCGGAACCCGUCACGACGUCCGCUUCGAUCGCUGCCGGGAGCAAACUAUCGAAACGACAUGCGAAAAAGCUGGCCGCAGCGGCAGCAGUACAUGAGCAGGCCGAACGCAGCAAACGUAUACUGGCGAAAGCAAGUAAAGGUAACAGCAGUGCCGGUGGCACGAUGCUCCUCACGAAAACAAUACGCGUGAAGAAAUGUUUAACCGGCAGCCCAGGCAGUGGAACGCAUCAUGUAUCGCGCAAGGUAUCCACCCGUGAGCUAUCGCCAACAAGCGCAAAGGUAUCGGCGACCAAAUACGCCCUAAAGGCAAAACUUCUCGCUUCCGGUUCAUCAUCUUCGAAAAAGGAGAAAAUGUCUGCCAUCGAUGCUCGGGAGCGUGUGCGCGAGAAGGAGCGUGAGUUGGCAAUACGCGAAAAAGAACGUGAGCGCGAAAAGGAACGAUUGAGAUUGCGUGAACGCGAGCGGGAAAGGGAACGUGAACGGGAGCGAGAGCGACUAAAAAUGCGCCCCGUAUCGCCGAGGAUGCGUUCCGGUGCUGCAUCACCAGUUUCGUCACGCGGCGGUGGUGUCGGCGGUGUGCCGAUGCGAGAGCUGCAGGGCAAGGGAAAGAAAAGUCCCGAGCGGCGUCUUUCGUCACCGAUGUCGACCGGUACGGCGACGCGUUACAGGGAAAUGAUGCCGCUGCGUCGUGAACGUACGCCGGAGCUAACGCGCGAGGAGCGUAGACGGCACGAGGUAAUGAAGGAGCGCGAAAGACGUGAACGGGCGGACCGGGAGCGGGAGGUGCUGCGUGAGAAGGAACGUGAAGAGGUGCUGGCCAGAUGCCAGGAGCGGCAACGUGAACGGGACCGUCUUACAGGGAAGGAACAGCAUCAGCAUCAGCACCUACAGGCGCAGCCGCGUGGCUUACGGCGUGAGAAUGACGGUGGGUUAGAAAAGCCAGACCGUCAUCGGCCGGUGGAGCGUUUGUUACCGCGCCCGGCGGAACGUGCCCGCGCACUGGCAGCGGCCCGUUCGCCCGGGAAGUCCGUCGAUCGUGAUCGAAGCCGCUCGCCAUGUUCGCCUGGUACGUCCCGUGGAUCGCGGGGUGCAAUGCGCGAACGGGAUCGCUCCUAUGAGCGUGCCUCAUAUCUGCACGAGAUGCACGAACGGCGCACGUUAAGCCGUUCCAGGGAGCGAGAAUAUGGGGCGAAUCUUGUCUCACCACCGAUGCGAACGGCGCGCCGUGAAUCUCCGCCACCGCACUACGAGCGACACGCUGGCCUGAGUCGUGGUGAUUCUGCUGUUGUUGGUGGCGGUGGUGGUGGUGUUGGUGGUGGUGGUGGUAGUGGUGGUGGAGGGGGAGGUGGUGGUGGUGGCGGACGCGUUGAGUAUCGCGUGGACCGCAACGAGCUGGCAUACGAUGAGCGGAUGGCGAUGGGUGGAGGAGGAAGCCGUAACGAGCGAGUACAGGGUGGUGGGCGGGAUGAGUACGUCCGUGACUAUCCGGAUGAUCCUCCGCCACGGCGGGAACCACCCCCGCACCAUGAUCGUGGUGGAUGGGAAUGUGAGCGGGUGGAACGUACCAGCCGGUACGAGCAGCGAGGGGGAGAGAUGGGACCAGGUGAACGGCGUAGCGAUUGGAGUGAUCGUGGUGAUCAGCACGGCACAAUGGUGGAUAUGGAUGGUACGUACCCGAGUGGAGGUGGGGGUGAACCGCGCGGAUCACGCGCAUGGGAUGAGCGACCGUCGUGGAAGGAAGGGCCAGGUGAAUCGUGGCACAGCUCAGACAAGCCGGAACGCAACAUGGUACACGGAGACUGGAAGUACAAAGAGCGACAGUGGGAACACGAACAUGGCGAGCGUGGUGGAAAUGGUCCGCCCGGUCCACCACCGUCACAUGGUGGUGGAGGGCACGUCGGACAUGGUGGAGGGGGUGGUGGACCACCUUCACGACGGUCUUGGCAAGCACCGAACGGUGGUGGUGUCGUUGGCCCGUCCGGUGGGGCAGGUGGACCCGGUGAUUGGCACGUGCCAAAGCCCGGUGGAGAGCAUGAGCGCGAUUUCAUACACCAUCAGCGGCCCGGGCCACCGAACGAACGUCCCAUGUUUAGACGCCAUCAUCAUCAAGGACCGUACCAUGGACAUCCGCGCAAACCUCACAUUGGGGUUGGCGGUGGUGGUGGAGGAGGAGGAGGAGGAGGAGGCGGAGGACCAACGGGUCCACCGGGUGGUGGUGGAGGUGGUGGAAAUAUGGGUCCGAGUGGUGCACUCAACCGGUUCACACCGAACAAAUACAGCCUGAAUCGCACCCAGGCGAAUCUUGCCGAACGCCAGGCAGGUCUUGGAAUGGUUCCGAACCAAUCUCCUAACCAGCAUGGUCAUACCCAUCGACAAACGCCACCAGUGGGCGGUGGCCCAUCAAUGCAACCGCCACACCAUGGUCCUACGGGAGGGGCACCAUCCGGUCCGAAUCAAAGUUCCGGUUCGAUGGCACCCUUAGGGCAACAGCAGCAACAUCAGCACCAUAAUAUGCAUCUCAUGCAGAACCAGCGACAGACAGGGGUUGCAACCGAGUCACACGUACAUGGCGAACAGCAACAACAGCAACAACAGCACCAUCAUCCCCAUCAUCAUAGCCAUCAUCAGCAACAACAGCAGCAGCAGCACACAGCAACAGGACCAGUACAACAUCAACAACCACAACUGGGCUUGGCCCAUCGACCGCCCGUUAGUUAUGAAGCCGAAACGAAACAUGUUGCUACACCGGUUGAAACGCCCGUCCCACGGUGCACCGUCCUCGAUGAACCGGCCAGUCCAGCACCGGAAGAUGCUGGCCCGGCGACGCAAGGUACCGGCGUGGCAUCGUCCGGAGCGCCACCGAUUGCACCAACCGAACCGGCCUCACCGCAAAACGCCUCCAGUGGUGUUGCUGCGGCGGUAGGAAACGCACCGGCGGUAAGUACUACACCAGCUUCACCGACAGCUGACGAAACCGGUGGCGAGGCGGCUGAUGCUGUACCGUCGCAAUCGCUCGACACGAUGGAGGUGGACAACUUGAGCGAAAUUAGUGACGAUCCGGAUGAUAUUUUGACGCGUGACGAGGACAUGAGCGCUAAUCAGCUUUGUGAUUCUAUAUCAACUGAUCGUAGCGGCAGUAGCCAGCAGGUAGAUCAGAUUGGACACGAGACAGAAGCUGAGUUGGGUGGUGAGGCAGUGAAAACUCAUCUUCCGACCCCGGCCCUAGCUGUAACAAGCACUGGUACUACAUCACUGGUUCUACCCAACGAAGAAACGCCCCAUAAUGAGACCGACGCACUAGCAGGAGGACAGCUUUUAGCUGGUGCGGAUAGUAAAACGGCCCUUAAGUCUGGUAACGCAUCGGAAACGGAGCUAUUGACAAAGCACGUGGGAAAGCUUAAUGCGAACAAGGAGCUGAAGGAGGAGAUGGAUCUUGAUUUUGAAGAAAUCUCCGACGGAGAGCUGGAAGCGGAAGAGAGUAGUCGAUGCCGAGGGUUGGGAGAUCCGCUCGGUGUUGAUUGGGGCAGCUUGACGCAAGAAGCAUUACGCCCGCUAAAGCCGACGACUCCCCUCGAACGACAGUUUCCAGUUUCGGCCCGUAACCGGUGGAAGGCGCAUCACAUUCUGCUCGAUAUGGGUAUAUCCGUACGUUUGGCAGGAGCGAAUUAUGCCCAGCGUGUGUUGUCCGAAUCAAAGGACAAACUUCGCGAAGAGUUGGAAGAGUUUCGUGCCGCUUCCGCUGCCGUUAAGAUAAAAAAGCACAAGGAGGAAAAAAUAAGCGAAGAAGAUUCGGCUACGGUUGAGGGAACCAUUUCAACCGAAACGGCUGCGAUCAAAACGGAAAAGCCAGAGGAUGAGCAACAAAUUCGACCGGCCGCUGUAAACAAUCCGGAAGUAAAGAUCGGACAAAAACAGCAUCAGCCGGAAACAUUAUCUUCCAUCGUGAACAGUAUCGAACGCGAGCUGGAGGAUGUGGAUAGGAUUCUCCAUCCAAUUGCGGCCGUACACGUAGCACUGCGGGAACAAACUCGCCUACGGAAGAAUCUUAUUCUCGCGACCGAACCCGUCCCCGGUCAGCGGCAUCAGUGUGGGCGGGCAUUGAGCGCCCGUAAGGAUCUACAGAUUCGUCGACAGCUGUGUGGCUUUCCACCUACCACGCUGGCAACGAUGACGGCUUGUGCGGCGGGGGCUGCUGCUGGCUAUCUGCAUCAGGAGCUUCAUGCGGAUGCACCACUCGGCGGUGGAGGUGGCACUUCUUCAGCCGACUUACACGAGCAGAUCAUGCAAAUGUACCGCCAAAUGGUGGUGCUGGAAGAGAAACUACAGUCGCAAGGUAUUUGUACAACCCUGGCAGCGGUCUGAGGAGCGGUCUGGUACGACGAAACAUCCGGGAAAAUGGUCCAACAGGAACAAGAACAACAUGGAGCAAUCAAUUUUAAAGAUGUUAGCCGUGAAUGUCAACACACUUGUGAUGGGGUUUGCGUUUGUUCGAAGCUUUGCGCGAUACACUUCUCGGUUAAAAGCUUCAAAGAAUAGGUGAUAGAUGUAUUUUUAUGUCACGUCGAAAGGCUGGAGAGCGUACAGGAGUUAGAAUUGUUCAUUAAAAGCCACGAUUCGGACAAAUAUCAGCACGAUCUUUUAAAAUACGACAAUUUUCUUUCAUGUGAGCUUUAUAACUUGUAAUUCCAUAGUACUUGUAUUGGAGCAACACUUUAGUACCAGAAGUAGCGGUUUCUCACACAACAGAACCGGUACCAAAAAAAUAAAUUCUACCGUUCCAAUUCUAAUUGGAACUAAGAAAUGUUUUUUUUUAUAAUUUAAAAAAUACAAAUUUAGGAUUUAUUUAGCACCUUGACGUAUAACACAAUGCUGUGUGCUCAUUAGGAUGAUUUAAGGCGAAGCGUAAUCUGGAAAAAAGAUUAUAUUAGUUUACACUACACGAGCUCGCUACACAGAGCUCGCAAAUCGUAUAAUCGUAUAAAUAAAAUCCACAAAAUGAUGAAAUGUGCGCUAUUGUAGAGGUAAUCAGUAAUAGUAACGAAAUAAGAAACGUUUUUGGAAUAUCUCGAACAAUAAACAGAGAUAGCGAUGUGUAGAUAA